AUGGGUAUUGAUCACACUACCAAGCAACACAAGAGAUCUGGUCACAGAACCGCUCCAAAGUCUGACAAUGUCUACUUAAAGAUGUUAGUUAAGCUAUACUCUUUCUUAGCUCGUCGUACUGAUGCUCCAUUCAACAAGGUCAUCUUAAAGUCUUUAUUCUUAUCCAAGAUUAACAGACCACCUGUUUCUGUUUCCAGAAUCGGUAAGGCUUUAAAGCAAGAAGGUGCUGCCCAAAAGACUAUCGUCAUUGUCGGUACCGUCACUGAUGACGCUAGAAUCUUUGAAUUACCAAAGGCUACCGUCGCUGCUUUAAGAUUCACUGCUUCUGCUAGAGCUAGAAUCGUCAAGGCUGGUGGUGAAUGUAUCACUUUAGAUCAAUUAGCCGUCAGAGCUCCAAAGGGUCAAAACACUUUAAUCUUAAGAGGUUCAAGAAAUUCCAGAGAAGCUGUUAGACACUUCGGUAUGGGUCCACACAAGCGUAAGGCUCCAAGAAUCCUAUCUAAGGGUAGAAAGUUCGAAAGAGCUAGAGGUAGACGUAGAUCUAAGGGUUUCAAGGUAUAA